AUGGCAGCGCAGCAUCCUCCACGUUACAGAAACGCAGGCCUCUUCGUUCCCGACAUGUUGUGGCUGGCUUUGACCUCUGACCUCUUCCCUUUCAGGACCUACUUUGCGGGCCAGGAGCAGCAGGUCCGGUUGAUCUAUCAGGGCCAGCUGCUGCAGGACGACGCUCAGACUCUGGCCUCUCUGAACCUGGUCCAUAACUGCGUCCUGCACUGUCACAUCUCUCAGCACGCCAGCGGGAGGGCGGCGGGGGGGCCGCGGCCCGCCGACCAGGUGCAGGUGGCUCUGAACGUGGGCAGCCUGAUGGUCCCCCUGCUGGUCCUCAUGCUGUCGGUGCUGUGGUACUGUCAGAUCCAGUACCGGCAGUUCUUCACCGCCCCGGCCACCGCCUCGCUGGUCGGAGUCACCAUCUUCCUCAGCCUGGUCGCCUUUGGAGUCUACCGUCGCUAGCUGCCCUCUGAUUGGCCGCCGCCUCUGUCUGUGUGGUGAUGUCAGCAGUCGGGGCGGAGCUCUCUCUGACCUCUGAUCCGGACUCGGACCUGCGGGACAAAACGGACAGAGUUGAUGUUUGUUUUUUGUUGCCAUGAAGAUGAUAAGUGUUAACGAGGACUUUAAUUUUUAUUAUUUUUAGAUCUCUGUAGGUUUUCUCAUCAUCGUGCCUCUCUUACGUUCUGGUUUCUGAAGCGGGUCGGACCAGCGCCAGGCUGUAAACCGGACCCGUGUGUCUGUCUGAGCAGGAAAGUCUAAAUGAAUCACAGCUUCUGAAGAGAAAGAAAUUCUAUUAAAGCGUUUAUUUAU